UUAUUGUGUUAACAUCCUCAAUCUCAGCAAAGCCUCUCACACGCUCUCUAUUUAACUUUGAUUUUGUAUUUUAGAUUAUCCUCAUAUCAAAAAAGCUGCUCUCCAACCAAGAUUGCGUCGGAUUUUUUUUUUUUUUUCGGUGCUGACAGUUGCAGGUACAUCCUCAUCACUUCUGGCCAUGUUCCCGUCGUGUUACUCUAAAGCCGGGGACAGCGGAGGGAAGAGGACCUCCAUCACCAAGAUCCUGGUCGGGGUGUUUGUGGUGUACAUGCUGCACACCGCCUGGCUGCUGUACGGCUUCCUCAACACCAAGCCAUGCGACAGAGGGAGAGGGGAGCUCUGCAUCUCCUCCUACCUGGCAGCCAGACCCAGGCUGCAGCUGAGUGUGUUCACAUGCCUGGUGCCAGAACACAGUCAACUCAACCUCAUUAUGAAAAUAGACCCGUUUGACUCACACUCCACAUUUGAAAGGCAGGUGAAUGUCUCCCUGCCAGAGGAGACUCGUGCUAAUGGCAGUCUGUAUGCAGUUGUGUACAUUCAUAAAGCCGGAGUUUCACCUCUGGAGGACAGCAGGGAGGUUCACUAUGCAGCUCAGAUCACUACUCACAUCACUCCCAGGCACACAGACAUGCAGAAGAAGCGCAUCUCUGGAUCACAGAAUCCUGUGGCCCACUGGAGACCCCGGCUGUCAAUCACCAUGAUGUCAGAGGACUUCACCUUCAGCAAGGCGGGGCUUCCCAGUGAUGUGCGGCGCUAUAUGAGAGUCUCUCAGGAAGGCAGACAGAUGACCUACCUCCCUCUGCUGCUGGUUGAUGAGCUGAGCUUCAGAGUGAGAGAUCUCAUGGAGAUCAGCAGCAGCACCUUGCAGCUCCCUCUGAGUGUGUCCUACGAGGGGAUCUCACUGAGGAGAUUCAGAUUCUGGGUCCACCUGCAGGAUGUUGUUUAUUCCCUGAGACAGUUUGGCUUCUCGGAGGAGAACAUCGAUGAGAUUAAAGAGACUCUGGUGGGCUCCAACCUCUACGUGCUGAUACUCACUGCACUCAUCACAGCUCUACAUCUCAUCUGUGAGUUCCUGGCUCUUAAAAAUGACAUCAGCUCCUGGAGAAAAAAGAAGAGCAUGGUGGGAAUGUCCAGGAAGCUGGUUCUGUGGCGCUGCCUCAGCACUCUGCUGAUUUUCCUCCAUCUGCUGGAGGAGACCAGUCUGCUGGUGCUGGUUCCUGUAGGGCUGGGAGCGAGCGUGGAGGUGUGGAAGGUGUUUAAGGUGUUUAAGAUCCAGGUGCAAUGGAAAAGCUCCAAGUCUCUCAUUCACGUUAACAAGCUGGAUGAAGAAGAAAGGAGGACAGUGGAGUAUGAUGCACAGGCUUCCAGAUACCUGUCCUACUUGGUCUAUCCUCUAUGUAUCAGUGGUGCUAUUUUCUCCCUGGCCUACUUGCGCUACAAGAGUUAUUAUUCCUGGCUGAUCAACAGUUUGGUGUCUGGUGUCUAUGCUUUCGGCUUCCUGUCUAUGGCCCCACAGCUCUACAUCAACCACAAGUUGAAGUCUGUGAGCCACCUGCAGGGGACCGUGUUGAUGUACAGGGGAGUGAACACCCUUGUCUCAGAUCUGUGCUCCUGUGCCUCCUUUUUCUCCUCGUCUGGAUCCUUCUCUUCCUCCCAUCAGCUCUCCUGUUUCCGAGAUGAGCUCUUCUUCCUCCUCUACCUCUACCAGCGCAGGGGCUAUGCCACCAGGGCCAGGAGACGAGAACCUGGGAGCCACAGCAAGAAACUUAAGACUCAGUGAGAAGACAAAGGAAUUAGGCCCAAUUAUUUUAGGAAAAAAAAAUACACUGACAUGAAAAAAAAAAUAGAGGGAAAUGAAUCAACCUUGAGGAGGAACAUGGAAGACAAAUGAAUGAGUGAACAAAUGAAUGAAUAAUCAGCACUGCACUAAUGAAUGAACGGAGAUCUUCAGUUUAGAUUCUCACUGGCACAAAAACAGCUGAUGUAUGAAGUGCAGCAACACCGGCUAAGAGCUGAUCCAAGACCUGCACCGACAACAAUGUGAUGUAGUUGAGCUGAGCUGCUUCUCACUUAUUCCUGUUGUGCACCCAUGAUGCUUCUGCUUUUUGCUUGGCGUUGAUGAAUCUUCCCUCUAGCGCUCUAGUGUUCACCUGCAGAGGUUUUAUUCACUUAUUUAGAUAUGCUUUCCACUUAAGAUGUUAUGCAGGAUUGCCAUGCCUUCAUGUCCUUUUAAGAGUAACUAAACCUCAUGCCUAAAGCUAGAGUGACCUCUAGCUGUGAGAAACAGGGUGCGUGGUGUCACCUAGUGUACUCUAUGGGUGAUGACCAGGCACGCUACUUUCCACCAUUAGAGGUCAGGCCUCAGUGUUUUGCAUUUGGGGUUUAGUUACUCCUUAAUGAUUAUAUAUUUGCAGUAUUUCAUGACCAGGAGGAUGUGUUUCUGUUUGGCUCUGGUCAGUAUGCACCCUUGGGAGAGUUUUAUCCAUGCUUACAGAACCAUGACAUGAAAUAUAACAGGAGAACCAUUUGUUGCAACUGGACUGAUCUUUAUGAUUAAAGU